CUCUGAGCCCACGAGGUGACAUCCUUCCCGCCGUCCGCGCAGGCCACUGUCGCCCCCUCCAGGUCUCCAUCUCCCGGAGCAGAGAGCGCGGAAAAACGAGCGAUGGCGGAAAACCUGAGGAAGCUGGCCUCUAACGAAUCUUUACGAGGGUUGCAGGAAAAGCUGGAGUCUUGGGUGAAGGAGUACAACACAAACUCAUGUGAUCAAAAUCUAAAUAACUGCCUGGAACUCAUUGAGCAAGUUGCCAAAGUGCAGGGACAACUCUUUGGGAUCCUCACUACAACAGCUCAAGAAGGAGGACGUAACGAUGGUGUGGAAACAAUCAAGUCACGCCUUUUGCCUUGGCUAGAAGCUUCUUUUACAGCUGCUUCCCUGGGAAGACCUGUUGAUAGCAAGGUCCCCUCUCUACAGGACACAUUUGAUAGAGAGAGACAUAAAGAGCAGAGUCUUCGGGAUCAAGACUUACAACAAUUAAACUCCGACUUGAACUCAACCCGUAAUCAACUCAACCAGGUCCAAGACGAUCUGGCUGAAACUGGAAAGGCUCUUGAAGAAACCAAGAAGAGCUCGGCCAUAUCCCUUUUGGCUGCAGAGGAGAAAAUAAAUCAGCUAAAAAAGCAGCUUAAAUCCCUCCAAGCCCAGGAGGUUGCCCGCCACAGGAGCAGUGCACCUAGGCUCCAAGAGCAGUAUAAAACUGAGCAGAAGGGCCCGGCCAGGCAGAGCACAGACCAGCUGGACACAGAGCCGUAUGAGGUGUAUGAGAAACAGAUCCGAGACCUGAAAGAUGAGAUAGCUGUCCUGUCUGCAGAAAGAUCUAGUCUCCAAGGAAGCAGGUCAGCCAGGAGCCAGUCUCCUAGCCCUGAGCAUCAGAGCCACAGUGACAACUACAGCCAGAGCAGGCAUGCGAGCCCCUCUACCGCGGUAGCCAAGAUCAGAAGCCCAUCACCAAAUCGGUCCAAACUGUCCAGUGUGGCUCGCAAGGCUGCCCUCCUGUCCAGGUUCAGUGACGCCUAUGCGCAAGCUCGCCUGGAUGCACAGUGCCUGUUGCGGCGCUGCAUCGACAACACCGAGACCGUGCAGCGGAUCAUCUACAUCGCCACUGUGGUGAAUCUGCUGUGUUUUCAUGUGCAGGAGGCAUUCCAUGUGGCUAAAAUGGCAUUUAGACAUUUCAAGAUCCGGGUGAGGAAGUCAAUGAGUCCAUCUUACAAGGGGUUGAAUGACUUUGAGAAUGCAGUCAUGGACUACGUCGUUUGCCAUCUUGAUCUGUAUGAUUCCCAAAGCAGUGUUAAUGAUGUGAUCCGUGCCAUGAAUGUCAACCCCAAGAUCUCCUUCCCUCCUGAAGUCGACUUUUGCCUCCUCAGUGACUUCAUCCAGGAGAUAUGCUGUAUUGCCUUUGCAAUGCAGUCUUUGGAUCCUCCCCUUGAUAUCGCCUUUGGGGCCGAUGGAGAAAUCUUCAAUGAUUGCAAGUACCGUCGUAGCUAUGACUCGGAUUUCACGGCUCCCUUGGUCUUUUAUCAUGUGUGGCCUGCACUCAUGGAGAACGACUGUGUCAUUAUGAAGGGAGAAGCUGUCACCAAAAGAGGGGCUUUUUGGAAUUCGAUGCGAUCUCUAAGUCGAUGUCGAAGCCGGAGUUUAAGUCCUGUUUACCCCCGUAGCCGCAUUGGUUUAAGCACGAUAUCUCGAAGUCGAAGUCCUUCUCCGAUAAGAUGUACAUUGCCAAGGUUUUAAAGCUACUAGAUAUGUUCCUUUGCCACAGCUCAUCGUAACAGCCAACUUCCUCAGCACUUCCAUCCACCGCCUUGUCUGCCUCCAACCUCACUUAACAUGAUGUGAAAGAGAGUUCAAUGUUUUGGCUUUGUAUAUUUGUAACUUCAGACGUAUCGCUUUUUAUUUUAUUUUAUACAUACAGAUUCCAUUAAUUUCAUAAAAAUGAUUGCAUAGGCAUUUAGGAUCAUAUUCAUUUGAAGCAAAAUCCAUCAGGUUUGGGGUUUUCCAUCCUGAAAUAUGAGGCUCUGUAGCAACUCCCUGAACAAAAAGUGGACAGCGUUUAUCAUGUUAAGUCCAAAAGAACAGAAUCAUUUUGGUUUAUAGAUUGAGCCUAAAUGUUACAAUUGUUGGCAUCAGCUUUUAAGCUGACAUUGAAGUUGAGUGUUUUAAUAGUCUUUUAAAGCUUGGAAGACAACCUCAAUCUCAGACUGGGAUAGUUAUAUAUCAGUGUCAGUGACUCUAGGCUCAAUGCAAAGGAUGAUAAAUUUAAAAGAACACAAUUAGUUGACUUGCCUUUCUGUUCUUAUUUUGUGGGUGCCUGGAUUUGGUUUAUGAAAUACUGACCACUGAAGCCACUUAGUUGAGAGAAUCUUGUUGCUUCCUAAAUGCAGAAUAGUGGCUCGAUUAGAAAUCAACCUUGAGAUAAACGUUCAUCACUUUUGUGUUUAUCCUUUAGGAGUGUUUCACUGUUUUAAUACACAUUGUCUGGGACAUGGCUUUUACCUAUUCUACCUAGCUGUUUGCAAUCAGACAUCCUAUGAACUCCAUCUGACUAAAAGUGUCUGAACUCAAGGUCUAAAACUAGGGGCAUCACUUAUUGAUUACAAAUUGAGUAUUUCUCCCUUGAUUUCUUCAUUGUGAAGUACUUUUAAAAUUCCCAUCCAAGGUAAGAAUGACUGUUGCUUUCUUUAGAUACAAUUUUUUUUCUGUUUUUCUUUUUUCUCUACUUUCAAGCCAGCCAUACACACAAAUUUCAGUACCAUUGACUGCUUUAUCCAUUUGUGUUUCAAAGACAAACUUUGAAUUGGCCAGAACUCAGUUUGCAUAAGCUCAGUGCCAAAUCCAGAAUUUAAAAAAAAUGAGAAACAUAUUUCCUAGAGUAUCUUGCCUGUGUGCUGGGAUUUAGGGGUAGAAGGAUUCCUCCAUCCUUACCCCAUUGGGCCCAGUGCUCACCAGUCCAAUGUGAGUAUGAUUUAAAUUUUUUUCCCCCUUUGUACCUUUGUGGUAUCAUUUCCAUGAGGCCACAUGGUGUGUUGGAAGGAGCACUCAGUGUCUAGGUAGCUCCUAGCCCUCCUUGGUCAUUUGCUUGCUUUGUAACCUUGAGCUGGUUUCUUCACCUCUCAGUUUCAUUGUAGAGUGAGUAGGUUAGUGGUUCUCAUAACUCUACCAGACCCAAAACUUCUUUUAUAGCAAACAUUAUAUUCUGGAUAUCUUGAAAUGAAAGCCAAAGUUAAUUGUCUAUAUGCACAUUUAACCUACACAGUCAAUAUAAUACCAUAACUGUAAAAUAAAGCAGAAAAAACCCCUAUUUUUAAUAAAAUGUAUUUCACUAAAAACCAUAGGUACAGUUAGAAGCAAAGGAGCUGAGUCGCUCCCUUUCCUUGUUCAACUGUGAACAUUAUACCACCCCUUGCCUUCUCUCCAUUUAACCAUAAACACAAGACCACCCUAAUGACUAUUCGGGCUUAAGCGUAGGCGUUCGCACAGAUUGCUGACAUCAGAAAAGAGAAAUAGCGAGAGGUGCCUGACCCUACAGAUACUAGAAGCCUGAGUUACAAAGCCCCUUUUUGUUUGCCUUGCCUUCUGCCUAUUCCAGCUACACCCUGUGAUCUUCAAUAAACUUACUACAUACUACAAGGUGUACACUGGGCAAUUAUUUCCUUGUCAUACACAAGAACAUGAACUAUUUUGGGCCCACUGACUGUAGCAGCAAUG